GUUUUUGCUAUUUGAUCGCUAGGACCAAUCCAGAGUUAGUGUUUUGGCAGAGGUUUAAAGAGUAAAAGAAAACAAAAUCAGGUUGCAUAUGCAUACAGUCUACAAUCUAAUAAGUACAGAAUUAAGCGACAUAUAAUUUCAGGAUAAUAAUGGAAGGAAAAGUAGCUAUAGUUACAGGCAGCAGCUCGGGAAUUGGUGAAGCAAUCGCCAUACAUCUAGCGUCCUUGGGAUACCGUCUGACAGUCACCGGCAGAAAUGCGGAGAAUCUGCUAGAAGUAGUGAACAAAUGCAAAGAACAAGGCUUAGCAGAUAAAGAGAUUCUGUCGAUGACUGGUGACGUGAACGAUGUAGAAUUCGUGAAGAAGAUGGUGAAUGAUACAAACAAAUACUUCAGUAAGGUAGAUCUUCUGGUUAACAACGCCGGAGUUGCACGUCUUAAGGAGUUGUCUGAUACCACAGUAGAGGACUACGAUCUUAUCAUGUCAACCAAUCUCAGAUCGGCAUUUUUUGCAUCACAGGCAGCCUUACCGUUUCUCAAAGAAUCAAAAGGUAGUGUAGUGAACGUGUCAUCCUGUGGAAGCUUAACACCUAAUAAAUAUUGCGUUUACAAUGUCAAAAGCUGGCAUGGAUCAACUGACUUUGAACACAGCAAAAGCUUUUGCCGAAUAUGGAAUCAGAGUAAACUCUGUAAACCCUGGAGUUAUAAUCACAAAUUUAUAUGAUGCCGACGGUUUUAAUCACGGUCAGGUGACGGAUUUUGCAAAUGGGAUGCACAUACUUCAAAAACGACCAAUUAAAUUAGACGAAGUUACAGCAGCAGUUGCAUUUCUGGCCUCCGAACAUGCAGCAAUGAUUACUGGUUGCAUUUUGCCGAUAGAUGGCGGUCACCAUCUGGGAAACUAGUUGUCAUGUGAUAGGAUUGGCGAAAUUAACACAAUUUUAUCGAAGACAACAAAGGCCUAGUGUAUUUGACAUGUAGUAUCAAAAUGCAACACAAGCCAUCACAAACCAUGCACAAAGUAUUAUUAUUAUUAUUAAAGUAGUACCAUGGUAGUACUACUAGUUGGCUACCAGUCAAGAAGAGAAUCAACUUCAAAACAAGGAAUUGUGAGUUUUUGUGGUGCCAUUUCGACAUGGCUUUUAAUAUAAUUUUUUGUUGUGUGAAGCACAUAGGAGAUUUUAGUAUAAAUACACUAUAGGCCUAUAAGACAUCAUUUUAAUAUUACCAAUAAUAUUAUUUAAUUCUACUGAAAUUAAACUGUUGGUUUAUUCGGUGUGUAGGUAUGUUUAAAGGUAAAAUAUAUCUAAUAACAAUAGCUUGAAUUACAAAGUACAAUAAAUACUAAAUUUGGCUUCUUUUCGAGAUUAAUUUUGCAAACUAAAUUAAGUGGGGCUUCUUUUCAAAAUGAAUGCUGUAAAUUUUGGAAUUGCUACCAUACGAAAUUGUUCAUCUUUGGAAUUCGACAUUCUGUUUAAUACAGGGGAGUAGGCUGCGUGGGAUGUGGCCGCACCCCCCCCCCCCCAAAUUUUCAGGGCAGCAAGUAGAACCCAAUUAGGCAAUGGCCAACGAAAGUACACAUUAUAAACCUAUGAUAUGCCUAGUCGUAAAAUAAAAACUCGUUUUUUAUCCCAGUAAUUAGAAAUAAAUACAGUGUAUUCUUUUACUUACUUCGACGAAAACGUUGGUUUUAAUGAGAUAAAAAACGCUUAAUGAGAUAGAUUUUUGGAUAUUUAAAAACUUUGGGAAAUAUGAAAAAAGGGGUUUGGCUCAAACUUUGUCCUAGCAAAA